AUGUCUGACAACCCAUCAACCCUCCUCACCCUUGCCAUCGUAAUCCCCUCCAUCAUUACCUUCGCCUCCCUCCUGAUCUGGAUCCUCCGUCCUUCCGCCGGCUCUUCUUCCUCUCCUUCCCGCUCCACCCUGUCUCCCCCCGCUUCGCCACGCCCCUCACGGCCACGUCCAAACUCAGGAAGGGAAGAAAUCAGCCGAUCAUCACCACGACAACAGCGCCCGCGCACACGUAUAGAGAUCAAAAGAGAGGAAGCAAUCGAACGGAGCCGGAUAAAGGUUGAGAGGCACCUGAGGAGGGAGCGAGAACGGGAAAUAGAACAGAAGCGGGAGUUGGAGGAGCAGCGGCAGAGGCAGAGGGGUCAGGGGCGAGAGCGGAACCAGGAAGAGGGGGCCCGGAAUGGUGAUAUUGUUAGCGACACUGAUACCAUGGAGACGCACAGGGGCGGUUCUCGCACUACUUUUUCCCGCCCCACGGCCAUUUUUGGAGUUGAUAGUAACACCACGUCGUCGACUCCAAUUGAGUUGAAGUCUCUUAAACCCCCUCCAGCUUCAGCCAAUGAUGGCGCUAUUAUCACCCCUUCUGUCGGUCUUGACGCUGACACUUCUACCAAUCUUGACCCUACCACUCUUCCCGAACCUCAAUCCACCUUCUUACCAGACAGUACCGCUUCGCACGACAUCAAUACCCCUACUUCAACCCCUCCUUGCUCGCCGACAUUACCUCAACCCCGCGACAGUCCGGCCAUGACACCAUCAGCCUUUCUGGCAGAUCAGUUGAAUGAAACUCACAGCGACGAGAGACGGGCGAACAAGGCUAAGAAGAAUGGGCGGGGAAAGCGACGAUGA